CUAAGGGCGGAUGCAGAGCGUCAUCAGCACGAACGAGAUGCUGAGCAGCGUCUACUAAGACAUGCGGAAGAUUCACAACGUCAUCGCGAUGCACGCGAGGUUGAAAGUCACACCGAAACUGCUGAGCGUCGUCUAGCUGACGCACAGCGCCAGCAAAGACGUCGUGUGGGCGGAAACUCUGAAGAGCGUGCUAGGCGUCUUACUCAGGAUAUGCAACGUCAGCACAGGAAUCUUGAGGUAGAAAGUGAGGAAAGUCGACUAGCGCGUCAUCUCCAAAACUCCGUACGUCAACAGAGGCGUCGUCAGAACGAAAGCACAGAAGAUCGUGCAGAACGUCUCCUAGAAAAUGCUGAGCGUCAACAUAGACAUCGCCAGAACGAAAGCACAGAAGAUCGUGCAGAACGUCUUUUACAGAAUGCUGAGCGUCAACAUAGACGACGACAAGGUGAAAAUGCCGAAGACCGUGCUCAGCGCCUUUUGGAGCAGAAUCGGCGUUGGCAAAAUCUGCUGCAAAACGAAACGGGUGAAGAAAGAGAUGAACGCCGAAGAAGGCAUGCGAUGAGGCAGAGACAGCACCGAGCUCGGCUAAACGAAGAAGAAGGAGCAGAAUAUACGCAAGAACAACCCGAACGUCAGCAUGAUCAAGAUCAACAUGAAGAGCAGAGAGUAUCGAACGUAACGACAAAUAGAAAUCGUCAAGGUCGCAGCACUGCCCGUACCCUUGGAAUAGCACUCAAGGAACGCGUGGCAAUCGUUAGCUAUCUGGGAGAGCUUGAUUGUUGUUGCUCAAACUGUGGUGCGUUACAUUUCCGCUUCGAGGUCAAGCAACAGCAUGCUGAUACGUUCGCUGAUUGUUGCGAUUAUGGACGCUUUUUUCUGGAGUUCUUCGAUAAUUUUCCUACUGCGAUAAAAGAGCUCUCUCUGGAAACAUCAUCAUUGCUAGAACGACGAGAAGGCCGUAAUAACUUCUUUUGUAACAUCAGAAACUUCAACUCGGCUUUGACA